UUUAUUCCCAUUCCAGGUUGCGGAAAUGUUUUGAUGACGGACCACUGACGAUAACGUGCACUUCCUGUCGGCGUUGUCAACAUGUGAGAGAUGGCUUCACGACCUGAGGAGGUUACUUUGAUCGGUGUGUGUGAUGGACAGCUGGACUCUAAAAGAUACCAGUCCUCAUACCUGACCAACAAGGUCGGGGGUCCGCCGGACUGGUUACCGGGCAUCUCUCCACAGUCUACCCGCUGUGGUCGCUGCGGAGCCCCGUUGGCACAUGUGGUGCAGGUGUACUGCCCCCUGGAGGCCUCCCCCUACCACAGAAACCUCCACCUGUUGGCGUGCCCAGGUGUGGAGUGCAGCGGCAGGUCAGACAGUUGGAGGGUCCUCCGCUCUCAGUGUCUGGAGGCGGAGUCAGCGGGGACAGCCAGCCGGCCCGACCCGGCUCAGGAGGCUCCUCUGGCGGCCACUGACUGGUGUGACACCGCUGAUGACUGGGGGAUGGAGGAUGAAGAAGACUGGGGAGGAGGUAUGAAAAAGGAGAUCCAAAAGGAGGCAGCAGCAGCUCCUGAGGCACAGGCUGCCCAUGAGACUGACGUCAGCUCCCAGCUCCAGGACCUCAGUUUGGGAGAGCGUCAGGAGGAUGUUCCCGUCCUCCGCCCAUUCUUCAUCAGUGUGGUGGAGGAGUCCGAUCUGUUCGGAGAGGAAGACGACCUACGGCAUGCUCAGCGGCUGCUCAGAGAGUACGAGAGGAGAGAAGGGGUGGCGGUGGGAGAGCUGGACGGCGGCGGCGAGGGCAAAGGCGGCGAGGAGAAGUAUGAGAAGACGAAAGCCCGACACGGAGACGCUGUCUUCUCCAGGUUCAUGAAGAAGAUCUCUCUGUGUCCGCAGCAGAUAAUGCGUUACUGUCGAGGAGGCAAACCGCUCUUCAUCGCCGAGCCGCCGUCCAACAUGGCACAGGUAGUGUCGGCGUGCGGCUGCUGUGGAGGAUCACGGACGUUUGAGCUACAGCUGAUGCCGGCUCUGGUCAGUCUGCUGCAGAGGGGGGACAGCGGCGUGGAGGCGGAGCUGGAGUUUGGGACGGUGCUGGUUUACACCUGCACAAACAGCUGCUGGACGACUGGAUCGAAAUCAGCUAUGGAGGAGUUCUGCUUCGUUCAGACGGACCCCGACCAGCAGCUCUUUAAAUAACUCAACCGUAUUUAUACUCCAGAGAGCAUUGAGGGGGCAACGCUUUACCUCAGCAGGUUCUUAGAUCUGAACUGGGAUCUGCCCAUCGGAUUAAAAACAUGUUUAAGAUGCUGACGUGGACGCUGAUGAUUCAAAGAAAUGAUCAGUCGUUCAGCGAUGAAAGUCUUUUCUUGCAGUUUGCAUGGAAAUAGUUUAUUUUAAAUUAAGAAUGUGUGACUUUUUGAUCCAGUAGAUGUCGCCCUUGAGCUCCAGCAUGAAACCAAAACAAACUGCUGUUUGGCCACACCUCCUCCAUACUGAAGCCUCCGCUCUCCUCCAGAGACACACCUCCAACCCCCCUCUACUCGUGUUCGCACGAUGGAAUUUAGCGCAGGUGGCGGAUAAAAUUGUCCUUUCCUCGAGUUGCAAUCACCUGUGUCCUGCAUUGUUGUGUUAACAUGCUAAUGUUAGCUCUUAGCUUCACAUUUCAUGUAAAUUGACACAGAAUCAACGUGAUCUAAAAACUCUUACUAACAUCCAAAUAAUCAGUGAGUAUGUUCUUCUUCUCUCUAGUCCUUGACUAAAACAGCUUUUAUACUCAAGGUGAGGAGCCGGCCGUCCCGUCCAUGUAAACACGACUCUGACAACAACACAGCCAGCGGGACUCGAGCUUCUCACUCAUUGUAGACAGUCAUGACUCAGAGAGACAUUUACACAGGAUAGACUGGAUUUAUGAUAUAUUUAUGUGGAACAUGUAGCACAUUCUUCCUUUUAACAAGGCCUGUGUAUCAUCAUGGAUGGUAAUUUCCCCAUUUCUUUGGAUGGAGAUGAGGUCAUCAUGGAACAGGUGUAGCCGAUGGUUCAGGUGGGAGUUGUCUUCUGUUUGUAUCACUGCCUUUCUCUUGAAGGAAGUCUAUUAUGUUAACCUGCAUUGCCUGCUGCACAGGCUGACAUAUAUUUAAUUGAAUGUUUAAUUUUUUUUUUUUUUUUUAUCAAGACAUUGCAACACUAGAAAAGACCUCAAAUAAAUCUUUACAUAUGGCCUGAUCCUCCUCAAACUCUUAGCUUCCUUAUGAAAGGUGUCACAGCUCUGAGGACUGAAGGUGGUUGGAUGACUCGAAAUGGAGGAUAGUUUAAAAUUUGUGCUGACGUCUCAAUUCCAGCCGUGAUGCAUCAUUUCUGCCGACUGUUUGCACGAAUAAAGUAUUUUACAACUCACA